AUGGCGGAAGUUAUCCUUGGGGUUGCUGGCCUGGCAAUCGGGGUCCCAGGCGUACUCGACAUUGUGCAGAAACUCGGCAAGGAGUUGAAGCAAAGAAUCAAAAGAUAUGAUCCAGACCACAAAAAACUGACCGACCUCAUAAUUCAAACAAACCAGUCACAGUCCCAUGAAAUGAUGCAUUACUUUGUGAGCGAGGGAAAUGCGAUACCAGAGGACCUUCAGAGCGAGUUGCUGGCGCUCUUCCAGGCGCUACGCAGCAUCUACGAGGAACUUCUGGCCGUACUUCCUCCUGACCCGACGAAUUACAAGUUGAGCGAAAAAGGGAAGCGUAGGAUCGAUGCAGCUGUCCGCAAGCUCGAGGAUUGGAAUGAGCGUUUUCUAAAAAGAGCAAUCGUUUUUGUGCUUUUUGGACGUCAUGUUCGCGAGCCGGAUUCGUUGAAAGAUCCUAGUGCUACUGAGAACGAAGGGGGACUUCUAGGAGUAAAGAAAAUUGAGCGACUGCGGGACGCUGUUGAGACGACAUUGAGCAAGAGCAGAUCACCAUCACAGCAACUUUCGAUAGUAGACCCGGAACCAGAUGAUCGCAAUCCCUUGGCUUUCUCAUCGCUUCAGUUAUGCCGACCACGGGAUCCAGCUAGGAGGCCUUUUUUGGCGGAGUAUCGAACUUACAGUGACGACGCCAGCGAGAGGGAUAUCCAAGGCCAACGGAAGAUAGUACGCGAGGUGGCGGCGGUUUUGCACGAAGCCGAUCCCAAAAUGAUGGGAGUUUUACAUUGUCAUGGCUUCUACUGGGACGCCGCGCAGAACCGUUUUGAGCUUCGAUUCCAUUUCCCGCCGGGCUUGUCAAGACCAAGAACUUUACUAGAUCUGCUUUGUGACCCAGACACCCAGAAGCGGGGAGCUAAGCAUCCCCUUAACCAUCGCAUCCGUCUGGCCAAAAGUAUUGUCUCCGCGGUAUUUGUCCUGCACUCAGCAGAUCUCGUGCACAAGCAAAUCCGGCCAGACAACAUCGUCGUCUUCGAUCAGGAAGUCGAUAAUACUUCUGACUCGGACCAAAGGCAUCAACAAUACCCUUAUGUCUUGGGUGACCCGUUUCUGUUGGGAUAUGAUGCCGUCCGUAAAGCAGACGCGGCGUCCCUGAUGCUGCAUGUGGAAGACUGGAAGAAGAACAUUUAUCUGAGCCCCGAUCGGCAUCGACUCCAACCGGGCGACGAGUUCCGCAUGGAGCACGACAUAUAUAGCCUUGGAGUUGUUUUGCUAGAGAUCGCGUUCUGGGCAUCUUUCCAGGAUCGACGAUCCCCUAGUAUAGGGCAUCUCGUUUGGCACGAUUCUAAAUCUCUGCGGUCUCCGGAGCAAUUGAAGCAGGUUUACCUCUCCUUGGCUUCUGGUCCUGUGGCACGGCUCAUGGGGCAGCGAUAUGCUGACGUGGUGCGGGCAUGCAUCAAUGGCCUGGAGGACAAAGUCCAAGAGAGAUCCCUGGAAGAUGUUGAUGGGAUAAUUGUUGGGACUGCAUAUAUUACUGAGAUUAUUAGAGGACUCGAGGAAAUAAGGCUCUAG